CAAACAAAUAAACAGUACCGAUCGAGUUAUCUUUAACGUCACACUUGUUUCUAGAUCGUUGUAUUGUUAUGAUGUACGUGAUGCAUUUUGUGUAUCUGUGAAAACAUGAGCGUGUCAGUGAAAGUUUUCUGUUUACUCCUGACUGCGAUUCGGAUUUCAGAUCAGAAAUCGACGCCAGAAAGCGACAGCUAUGUGGCAGCGGUGGUCGAGUUCAAAUUGACGAGCAAUUCCACUCAAGCCCUCAAAGAAUAUGUUCACUACAUCACGAUGGCAUCUGAAAAGAAUGCAGACGUGGUGGUGUUCCCGGAGAUGACCCUGGUGAGGAAGGCGGAGGUCGUUAGGGUUCCUAUCCACGGCUCGCUGCGGCAGCACCCGAUACCUGCACUUACUCCACAUUUGUAUGACGAGCCCCUGGUAGCCAUAUCGAAAGCAGCUCGCGACAAUGGGAUCUACGUUGUGAUCAACGUACAGGAGCAGAUGGACUGUUCAUCAUCCCUCGGAGAAUACUGUCCUGAGAAGAAGGUUUACCGCUUCAACACCAACGUUGUGUUUGACAGAAGCGGCGCUGUCAUUGACAGAUACCGCAAGAUCAACUUGUUCGGCGAGGCCACACGCCACCCGGCCCUGAAGCAGGAACUGGGCAUCUUCUCCACCGACUUCGGCGUCACCUUUGGCCACUUCAUCUGCUUCGACGUGCUGUUCCAGGUCCCUGCUGUCCAGGUCGUCCAGAAAUAUAACUUGACUGAUAUCAUCUUCCCAACUAUGUGGUUCUCCGAGAUGCCGUUUUUGACUGCUGUUCAAAAUCAACAGGCGUACGCGUACAGUAUGAAUGUGAACUUCUUAGCUGCUAACGCUAACAACAUACACGUCGGAACUGCGGGUUCAGGUAUUUACUCCGGAAGAGCUGGUGCUCUCGUUAGCAUGAUGACUGGCAUCCCUUCCACGAGACUGCUUGUCGAAAGGGUCCCGAAGGUUCCAGGAAAGUUAACAAGGACAUACCCAGGACCCAUCUUCAAUAAUCCUUCAGACCCUGACAACCUGUUGCUGAACAAAGACGUGUCUCUGGCCAGCCACGUCUCCAAGGAGCUGGUCUCCGGGUUCCAGGAGUUCUCCCUCACGGAGAAGGACGUCCGCUGUAAAUUUACUGUUAGGAUCAAUCAGACAGGACAGUCCCACAAAUACCGCGCGUUCAUUCAAGACUCCAGCAACACGUAUGUGAAGCGUCAUGUGGCAGUCGCUUCUUGCUCAAUAGUCGCCUGCAGAUAUGAUGACGUCGUUAGUUGUCCAUACAGAUUCAGUGCAGAAGAUGCAAAAGUGGAAUUUGAAGAAUUACAAAUAGAGAUGACAACGUACCCUCACCGUCAUAAUUCUAGCUUGGAUUGUGAAAAUAUCAUAUACUACCCUGUAUCCCUGAGAAUAAAUAAAUUCCCGCUCGAUUCCCAUAACUUCACGUAUUCCGAAUCAAAUCAAAAUGGCGAUAAUGAAAAUGGCGGACGCGAAAAAAUAAGCUAUAAAUUGAAUGCUCCUCAAAAUGAUUUGAUUGCAUUUGCUGUUUGGGGAAGAAUAUAUGAUAAGGAUAUUUCCGGCUCUUAUCACGUCACGGAAGAAGAUGAAAGUAAUUUUAGUCAAUUCGAGAAUAUGAUUUAUAAAACUGUAUAAUUAUCUAAUGCGAAACAUCAAAGACCUUCGGUUUUAUUGUUUUGUUUAUAGUCACAUACGUAGAUAUGGUCGGAUACCUAGGUAAGCCGAUGACCGUGCGAAGUGGAAACGAAAAAGUUGGAAAGCGGACCCUGGGCUCCGACGCUCAAUGAUUGGGGAAGCUACCGGGAAAACGCUCAGAUGAGAGAGUUCCAUAUGUAGAUAAUUCGCAUUUUUAAGAAUAGUUAAAUAAGUACAUUCAAAUGUUUGUAGUUAAUUUAGAGUGGCAAAAAUUAAUUUUCACGACAAAUAAAGACUGCUAACCAAUUUUUAUAGGAACAAACUGUGCAAUACUUUUGUAUAAACUAUGUUAUUAAACAAUAACAACGAAA